GUGGCUAGGUAAGUAGCUAACUUGACAACCUUUGUUUGUUAGGUGGGUGAGAAAUUUGAAUAUCUUUGGUCUUACUUUAAAAACCAGAAAAACACGCACAAGUUCAUCUGGUUAACGUGCACUGGGAAUAAUUUUCUUUGUGGCGUUCACCACAGCACGCCGCCGCAAUCACGACCACCGCUCCUAAUUUGGGUUUUUUUCAGAGUCCCACCAUUUUUACCAGCUUUCGUUCAUUCCCUUUGUUUGCGCCAGCACACUCUUUUUGUAUUCUCCAUCUCUGCUCACACUUUCUCUUCUCUCCCUCUCCUGGGUUUUAUUCGUUAAUGGCGGCUACACUUUCUCGAAAACUAGUCAGAGAUGCUUGCUGUAAAGGGGCGAUUUCACGUUUAUUCCAAGGUGCAAGGCACUACUCUUCUGCUCCCGAGACCAUUCGUAAGAUCCCUCAUACUUCUAAGAAGGGGAGAUUAUUAACUGGAGCCACCAUAGGGCUAUUGAUAGCUGGAGGAGCUUAUGUGAGUACUGCAGACGAGGCAACUUUCUGUGGUUGGCUAUUCUCUGCUACGAAACUGGUGAACCCCUUUUUUGCUCUUCUUGACCCUGAGGUUGCUCAUAGGCUAGGUGUCUCAGCAGCAGCUCGUGGUUGGGUUCCAAGGGAAAAGAGACCUGAUCCACCAAUUUUAGGUCUUGAAGUUUGGGGAAGGAAAUUUUCAAAUCCUAUAGGUCUUGCUGCAGGUUUUGAUAAACAUGCUGAGGCUGUCGAUGGACUUCUUGGAUUAGGGUUUGGCUUUAUGGAGGUUGGUUCUGUGACACCUGCUCCACAAGAUGGCAAUCCAAAGCCUCGUGUUUUCCGGUUACGCGGGGAAGGAGCUAUCAUUAAUAGAUAUGGCUUCAAUAGUGAAGGAAUUGUUGUAGUUGCGAAGAGGUUAGGUGCCCAGCAUGGAAAAAGAAAGUUAGAUGAAACUUCGAGCACUACACCUUCCUCUAGUGAUGACGUCAAACAGGGUGGUAAAGCUGGUCCCGGAAUUCUUGGAGUCAAUCUUGGAAAGAACAAGAAUAGCGAAGAUGCUGCUGCAGACUACGUGCAAGGGGUUCAUACAUUAUCACAGUAUGCUGAUUACUUGGUGAUUAAUGUUUCAUCUCCCAAUACCCCUGGAUUACGUGCACUUCAAGGUAGGAAGCAACUAAAGGACCUGGUUCGUAAGGUUCAAGAAGCUCGGAAUGAAAUGCAAUGGGGUGAGGAGGGUCCUCCUCCACUGCUUGUAAAAAUUGCCCCAGACUUGUCUAAAGAAGACCUUGAAGAUAUAGCAGCUGUUGCUCUAGCCCUUCGUUUGGAUGGAUUGAUUAUAACAAAUACAACUGUCUCAAGACCAGAGCCUGUUGAUAAGAGUCCAUUGGCUGCUGAAGCAGGUGGAUUAAGUGGGAAGCCUCUUUUCAAUCUAUCCACCAAUGUCUUAAAAGAGAUGUAUGCUUUGACAAGGGGAAAGAUUCCCUUAAUCGGCUGUGGUGGCAUUAGCAGUGGUGAGGAUGCUUACAAGAAAAUACGAGCUGGAGCAACUCUUGUUCAGCUUUAUACAGCAUUUGCUUAUGGUGGGCCUGCCUUGAUUCCUCAGAUAAAGUGGGAACUUGCUGAAUGCUUAGAAAGAGAUGGUUUCAAGUCUGUCCAAGAAGCAGUUGGUGCAGACUUCAGAUAACAGCUUGUGCAGCAGUUUGUUAGUUGGCUUAAGAUAAACAUAGUCAUUCAAAAGGUUUUCUUUAUGACUUUCUUUGCCUAGUUUUCAGAAUUUUUACAUAUAAUUCCUUCAAAUUAGGGGCUGAUAUCCCUUCAAGGUUUCUUAUUUCUGGUGGGGAUUGACUUGGAUUUGCAGAGUCCAAAUAUGUUUUUGAUUCUCAAAUUGCUGUUCCUUUCUCUCAGUGAGAGAAUUGUAAGGUGUAAUUGUUUAAACCUUUCUUUUCAGUUAUUAUAAUGAGAGGUUUGAACAUUUUGUUUAUGAGUAGCCAAUGUUCCUUAAUUGGUUUAGCAUCAUCUUGUGGUACAAGAGGAUGGGUAAAAGAAUGUUUUAAUGUCAAAUACUCAAAGUAGCUACGUCUGUUUUAGAUGGCUUUUUGGAUUUUGUUUAACAUGUAAACAUAUUAAAAAGUCAUUAGAAAGAACUUCUAUUUGAAAGGCUAUCUAAUCAAAGGCCUUUUGAUGA